AUGUUUAAGAUACGUAAAGCUAAGGAUGAGGAGCCAACUGCUCCAGGGCAGGUGAAAAUUAAAAUGAAGUCAAAGGUGCCUGGAGUUAUGAUCACCCAGUAUGUGGAAGAACUACCUGAAGGCAUGACCAACCCAGAUUUCAUUCGGAAACCUAUUGCUUUGACUAUUCAAGAAGGAAAACAUGGAGUUUUCAGAGCAAUAAUUACUGGCAAACCAACACCAACUGUAACCUGGGCCAGAAAUGAUGGAGAAAUUAAUGAAGAAAGGUACAAAGUUAUCCAUGAUCAUACCAGCGGUGAAUACCAGCUACAGAUACCAGAUGUAUCGGUGGAUCAAGCUGACACCUACAAGUGUUAUGCCAGAAAUGAAUAUGGAAAAGCUGUUGUAACAGCUGUCUUAAAUGUUAUUGAAGUUGGCUAUAAAAAGAGCAGAGCCAUGCAAGAAUCAAGAACAGCUGUCCGAGAAAUACCUGAGGACUUCAAAAAGGCCUUAAAAACCGCGGCUGACGAUCCUAAAGAAGAAACAAAACCAGAAAUUGAUGACAAGUUUUGGGAACUGUUGUUGAGUGCCGACAAAAAAGAUUAUGAGAGCAUCUGUGCCCAGUAUGGCGUCACUGAUUUUCGCGGGAUGCUAAAGAAACUAAAUGAAAAAAAGAUAGAAAGGGAGCAAGAGCAAGAAAAGGUUGUUGAGAGACUAUGCAACCUAAAGCCCAUUGAACUGAAAGAACACGGUGGUGCAGAAUUUGAACUUGAAAUGUCACUCAGAGACCCUACGAGCAAAAUCUUCCUAUACAAGGAUGGAGUUAUGAUUCCAUUUGAUAUCGACACAGAGGUAAAACACGGAUUGAAACAAGUGGGGAAGAAAUUUGUAUUCAGCAUCAAUGGUAUUGAUCCAGAGGAUGCAGGAUUAUACCAAGUAGAAGUUGAUGGAAUUAAGAUCUUCUCAACAGACUUAAAACUUCCACCUGUGGAGUUCUUGGUCAAGAUUCAAGAUGUGAAAGCAGAGGAAAGAGAAGACGCUGUGUUUCAGUGUGUCGUAUCACAGCCCUUGAACAAGAUUAAGUGGAUGGGAAGGAAUACAGCACUGGAGCAAGGGGAAAAAUAUGACAUUGAAGUGUCAGAGGACAAGUUGAUUCACACACUGGUGGUGAAGGACUGUUUGCCAUUGGACAAAGGAAUUUAUGCAGCUGUGGCUGGACAAUCAUCCUGCAAUGCCUGGCUUCUAGUGGAAGUUGACAAAGAUCCAGCCACGAAAGGAAAGAAGAAAGCUCGUAAGACAACCCGAGCUGGUGGUGGUGGAGAAGAGCUUUUGAGGAUUGCUCAGGAGCAACAGGCAAAGGUUCAAAUCGAAAAAGAUCAGCUGAUUGCAAAAGCAAGGGCACGGGCUGAGGCUGAUGAAGCUGAGAAAGCAGCAGCAGAAGCAGAAGCUAAAGCAAAGGCAGAAGCUAGAGCUAAAGCAGAAGCAGAGGCUAGAGCUAAAGCUAAAGCAGAAGCUAAAGCAAAAGCAAAGGCUAAGGCAAAGGCAAAGGGAGAGACAAAGGGAGAGAAAAAGGGAGAGAAAAAGGGACAGACAAAGGGAAAAGCAAACCCAGGAGUGUACUUCACCAGUGGGCUGUCUGAUGUAACUGCUAUCAUUGGUACUGAUGCUGAACUGGUCUGCAAACUGAGCAGUGAGGACUGCGAAGGAACCUGGUACAAAGAUGGGCAGGAGAUAACAGCUACAGAUGAUAUCUGUAUUGUUAAAGAUGGGACUUCUCGCAAACUAAUUAUCAAAAACUGCACAGAAGAUGAUGCAGCAAAGUACCGAUAUGAAGCUGAUGGGCGUAAAACAGAAGCUAUACUGAAGGUUGAAGAUCCUCCAAGAAUCAACCCAGAUGACAUCGCUGAGUUUGAAAAACCUAUUAUAAUCAAAAAGGGGAAAGAUGCAGCCUUCGAGAUACCUUUUGUUGGACGUGAACCCAUGAAGAUACAGUGGUACAAUGAUGGCGAAGAGUUGUUGGAAGACAGCCACACCAGGAUCGAGAAGUCUUCCUCACACAGCCGCCUGGUGCUAACAAAGUGCCAACGCAAAAUCACAGGAGAAAUAAAGAUUAAGAUUAAAAAUGAAUGUGGAACAAUUGAGGCCAUCUCCCAUCUCAUUGUAUUAGAUAAACCAACGCCACCACUAGGCCCUGUGGAUAUUAUUGAAAGUUCUUCAUCUUGCAUUGAGUUCAAAUGGAGGCCUCCCAAAGACAAUGGAGGCUCCCCUAUCACCGACUACAUCAUGGAGCGUCAGCAAAUUGGCCGAAACAGCUGGAAGAAAUUGGGCAAAAUUGGCCCAGAGGCUAAAUACAGGGACACUGAUGUGGAUCAUGGCAGAAAGUACUGCUAUCAUAUCAGGGCUGAAACUGAACAAGGCAUCAGUGAAAUGAUGGAAACCGAUGAUAUUCAGGCAGGGACAAAAGCAUACCCUGGAGCACCUACUGCACUAAAAAUUGUUAGUGCUUUCAAGGACUGUAUCAAUCUUGCUUGGACUGCACCUGCUAAUACUGGGGGAACCAACAUUUUGGGAUACAAUAUGGAGAAACGCAAGAACGGCAGUAAUCUGUGGAGCCAGGUCAACCCCCCAGAGGAGCCCAUUAAAGGGAAACAGUAUGCAGUCAAGGAUGUUGUUGAAGGCAUCGAGUAUGAGUUCCGUGUAUCGGCUAUCAACAUUUCUGGUGCCGGAGAGCCAAGUACACCAUCUGAAUUUGUUUUUGCAAGAGAUCCAAAGAAGCCCCCUGGAAAAGUUAUCGACCUGAAGGUGACUGACUCAACAUACACCUCCUUGUCACUGGGGUGGAGCAAGCCCGUGGAGGAGGAAGGCGUCCAAGAUGAGGCCAAAGGAUAUUUUGUGGAGCUCAGACCAGCAGAAAAUCCAGAGUGGAGUCGUUGUAACUCCAAUGCUAUCAUUAUGUCCUCCUAUACUAUUAUGGGUAUGAAGUCUAUGGCCAUGUACUGGGUAAGAGUCAUAGCCACUAAUGAGGGUGGAGACGGUGAGCCUCAAGAGUUGGACAACUACAUCAUUGCAAUGCCUCCACCAGUGAGACCUCAUUUCACUGACAGAAAAAUAAAGAACUUCAUAGUAAUGAGAGCUGGAAACUCUGCGCGGGUCAACUUCAACUUUCAGGCCUCUCCAAUACCACUUAUUACAUGGCUCAAGGAUGGCGUGCCUGUACCCAAACAUGUGUCAGUGAGUAAUUCAGACACAUCAUCGCAGUUAAUGAUCCCUGCAUCAGAGCGUCAAGACACUGGGAUUUACACCAUCAUUGUGAAGAAUCUUGUGGGUCAGGAGACCUCCAGUGUUGAGAUACGAGUCACAGAUGACCCCAAGCCUCCAGGCCCUGUGGAGCUGGAUGAGAACGUGUCAGGAACAGUGACGGUCUCUUGGGAACCAUCACCAGAUGAGAAGAAAGAUGACAGACUUCACUACACGGUCACGAAGCGUGACUCGGUUAAGCGCAAUUGGCACACUGUGGCUGACCAUCUCUUCAAUAACAAGUUCACUGCCAUCAAUAUCAUGCCAGGAAGGCAGUAUAAGUUCCGGGUCUAUGCCAAGAAUGACAUGGGGCUUUCCCUACCCUCUGAGUCACCAACCUGGGAAGUGAAGAGGAUGAAAGAAACAUUUUCUUUGAGUCUUCCGACCACGAAAGGCUGCAGUUUUGAGGCACUUCCAUCUUUCUCUGUUCCGCUAAAAAUGCACAACAGUCCGGAAAGCUAUGAGUGCUACAUGAGUUGUGCUGUGACAGGAAACCCCAAACCCCAUGUUACUUGGUACAAAGAUAACGUCAGCCUUAACACCAACACUAACUACUACAUCACUAACACAUGUGGGGUCUGCUCCAUGGUGAUUCUCAAAGUUGGGCCGAAGGACAGUGGAGAUUACACAGUCAUUGCAGAAAACUCUCUGGGCAGAGUGGAGUGUUCAACUAAACUUUCUGUCCAAGACUAGGAUGACGCAGUGGUCCUGAACUUCUGAAGACACCUGUCCCAUUUAUUGAAUGACAUAUAAAUGGUUUAU